UGCAUUAGCAUUAUAUUUCACUUUGAGCUAAUUCUCCUUUCCAACAUGUUUGCCGCUGUCACAUGCCUGCAGCUCUGGAAUGACUGAAACAUUGCUCCCAGCUCGGAUUCAGAUUUCAUGACGGCACUCUCUUAAAGACCCAGCAUAUACAGUGCGUCCACGUGAUUGAAAAAUCUAAUUUUACUUCUUAGUUUUGAUCUCUAAUAUUCAGAUUCUUCAGCCUGCUGCAGCCAAUAGUACAUUCAGUGAAAUUAAUGUUUAUACAUCUAACUUUCUGAAUUUUUAAUUAAAAUCUCUUUUGAAUUCGACACACUUGAAGCAGUUCAGAAGUUGCCUGCACUAGAGACUUGACCAGUGUAGUUUGAGUAAUAUUAUAUGGUUCAUUAACUCCAUUUUUGUUGGCUUGAUGGAAAAACAGGGAGGAUAGAAGCACUUAAUUGGUGAAUUUCAGUGAAGUUAAUAUUUUUCCUCUUUCAGGCCUCAUUAUAUCCUUUGCUUGUUGCAGUCAGUCAUCACUGCCCACGACAUCCUGACUGUAGUUAACCAUUAGUCAGUAUGUUGUACAUAUGCAGAUGCAGCUGUUUUGACAGUUGUGGUGCAGCAACUGGAUUUUGAGGACAGUUUCUUCCAAUUAGGUCUUUGAAAUAAAUCUGUGCGGCAUAUUAAAAGAGUAAAAAAAAAAAAAAAAUUUUAACUUGACAGAUUCAUCCCAAUGGAUUCUGCUCGCAGAUUCGGGAAAUACAGAGUAGAGAGAGAAGUGUUGGAUGAGCAGAGACUGGAAGAGAUAACAGAGAGAAAAGCAUACUCUGACAUCCAUCGUUCUCCAACUGAGCAGCUUAGAGAUUCCUUAAGAUGCACAUUACCUAAACUGAAGCGAGGCGUGAUGAGCAGCUUGCCUGUGUUAUACUGGCUGCCCAAGUACUCAAUCUGGGACUAUGGCAUGCCAGACCUUGUCUCUGGGAUUAGUGUGGGCAUAAUGCACCUGCCACAAGGCAUGGCUUAUGCAUUGCUGGCUUCUCUACCUCCUGUAUUUGGGCUCUACACAUCCCUCUAUCCAGCAUUAAUCUACUUCUUCUUUGGAACUUCACGCCAUAUUUCCAUCGGUACAUUUACUGUGCUCAGCAUCAUGGUAGGUAGUGUGACAGAGAGACUUGCUCCAGAUGUGGAUUUCCUCAUAAUGAAUGGGACCAACAUCACUGCAGAGGUGGACAUCGCUGCCCGGGACUCAUUAAGGGUGCAGGUGGCCGCUGCUACUACUGUCCUCGGAGGACUUAUCCAGGUGCUAUUGGGGGUUGUAAAGUUUGGAUUUGUGGGAACAUACCUGUCUGAACCGCUGGUGCGAGCUUACACAACAGCUGCUGCAGCUCAUGCUGUUGUGGCACAGCUGAAGUACAUCUUUGGAGUUUCCCCUACACGGUUUAGUGGCCCGCUGUCACUGGUUUAUACCUUGAAGGAUAUUUGCUCUUUGCUGCCCCACACUCAUCUUCCCACACUGGUGGUCAGUGCUGUGACGAUGGCGCUUCUAGUUGCAGCCAAAGAGCUGAACUCGUUCCUCAGUCCAAAGCUGCCGGUGCCCAUCCCAGUGGAGCUCAUCACAAUUGUGGCAGGGACAUUAGUAUCAUCAUAUGCCCACUUGAACAGUGACUACACUGUUUCAGUUGUUGGAGAAAUUCCAAGUGGGUUAAGUUCACCCUGUGUACCAGAUGUGAGUCUUUUUGGAGAGGUUAUAGGAGAUGCUUUUGCUUUAGCCAUUGUUGGAUAUGCCAUAUCUAUUUCACUUGGGAAAACAUUCGCAAUAAAACAUGGAUACAAUGUGGACAGCAACCAGGAGCUUGUGGCGUUGGGCCUCAGUAAUGCAGUGGGAGGGUUCUUUCAGUGCUUCUCUGUCUGCCCCUCCAUGUCUAGAAGUCUCAUCCAAGAGAGCACCGGAGGUAAAACACAAAUGGCUGGAGUGGCCUCAGCUCUAAUUGUGCUGGUGACUAUACUCAAACUUGGAACUCUUUUCCAAGAGCUGCCAAAGGCCAUCCUUGCAUCGAUCGUCUUUGUAAAUUUGAAGGGCAUGUUUAAGCAGUACGCUGACAUUGUCACACUGUGGAGGAGAAGCAAGAUCGAUUUGGUGGUGUGGCUGGUCACCUGGGUGUCAACAAUGCUGCUCAAUCUGGAUCUGGGUCUGGCAGCAUCCAUCAUCUUUGCUCUCUUUACUGUUAUCUUCAGGACUCAGAUGCCAGCAUACUCUGUUUUGGGAAAUGUUCCAGGCACGGAGCUAUAUGUUGACUUAGAGACACACAGACAGGCCAGAGAGAUUCCAGGUGUUACUAUAUUUCGCUCAUCUGCUACAGUAUAUUUCGCCAAUGCUGACCUCUACCUUGAAGCCCUGAAAAAGAAGAGUGGACUGGACAUCAGUAAAAUGAUUAUCUAUAAGAGGAGGCAGGAGGCCAAACAGAGGCGAAGAGAAAGGAGAGCUGAGAGACGGGCAAAGAGGCAGGCAAAGAAAGAGAGACGGGCACAGAAGGCGGCUGAACAGCUGUUUGGAUCUCCUGUGGUCUCUGUAGCAGAAGAUGUCGACUUCUGGGGGGACACUUGUAUAGACGGGACAGUUUCAGAGGAGGAAGACCAGGCCUGGACUGAGCGGGAGAAUGGGACAGUGUUUGUCAUCCCCACCACUCCCCGAACACCAGACGGUCCUUCUCGGUGGGAGUACCUGAAAGGAGGAGAUCCAGACUGCACCAGCUUAGAGUGGAUGUCUGAGCUGCAGGACGGGGACACCACCACUCUGGGCUCCAGCAGUGAGGACACACUGAGCCGAGACCUGGAGAGAGUCUCUCUGGGGUCUCUGGGCAAGUGGACCUGGGACAUUCACUCCAUCAUUCUUGACCUCUCCACGGCUAACUUCAUCGAUAUAGUGGCUAUCAAGAUGAUGAAAAAUGUUUUCCAGGACUUCAGUGAGAUUGAUGUGGACAUCUACAUGGCUGGCUGUCAGGCCUCUGUGGUGGAGCAGUUGGAGCGCAGUGAAUUCUUCUCUGACUCAAUAACAAAGAGACAUCUUUUCGCCUCUGUUCACGAUGCUGUGCUUUACUGUCUGAACCAUCGUGGAGCGACAUCGUUCCCCAGAUACGAACCGUCACUGGACAUGCACAGCAGCACGAAAUUUUAAAGUCUUCAACCGAGCAGAAGAUCCAGCUCACAGGAUGAAGAACAUUGACUGGAGGGAAUAUCAGAAGCUGAGAAAUGUUAUUUACAAAUGAAUAGAUGAAAGCACUGAGUGAAGCUAAAAACGAAUCACUGCAUAUAAAUUAGUGAUCUUAAAACUAAAUGCUUCAUUGUGUCUGUUUCAUCUUAUCAUUGACUUGAAUGGAUAUUUAUGCAUUUUGUGUUUAAGUUAUGUAAAAGAAGAGUGACACCGGAGAGCUUCAUUUAACUUUAUUCAGUGUAGGAGAGUGAGACAGAACAUUCUGGCAUAGUAAAUAAAUAAAAUGGAAUCUGAACAUCUGA